AUGACUGAACGAGUCAAUAGAAAUCUUAAACCAAUGUUAGCACAAUAUGCUCAAGAAAAUCCACAAUCAUGGGAUCAACAUCUAUCGAAACUUGCUUUUUCUAUUCGAACUUCAGUAAAUGAAACAACAGGUGAUACACCAGCAUAUCUUAAUUUUGGACGUGAUCCUAAAUUACCUCCACACCUACUCCUAACCACACCGACUCAUGAUGUACCUCUACUUCCCACAUCUCUAUCCUCAGAAAUCGAAAAUUAUAAACAACAACUUCGUCAUCAAUUACUUACAUCUCAUCAAUUUGCUCAAGAACAUAGUGAACUAGCGUGGACACUUUCUCCAAUCUUAAAUGCCACCACAGUCAAUCGUUUCUCAUUCUUACCAUCUUCCAAUGAAACUAAUCCCUCUACCAUCUCAUCAACAAUAUCCUCAUCGAAAGAAAAUUCUACUCCUGAUACUUUGGCAUCACAUGUCUCACAUAUAACUGCACCAGCACAAUCAAACAAAACAUUAAAACGGCAAUUAUCUCAUGAAACAAUAAUUCCACAACCACUUAUGUCAUUACAACUUGACGUUAAUGAACCACCACUUCACAAUGCUCCUGCUAAUCCAAUUCCUCUUAUGUCAUUCUAUGCUCCUCAUGCUCAACUAAAUCCCAUCUUCAACGUAAACCACGUUUAUACAGCACAGUCUGUAGUCAAGCACCACAAGCAAACACUAAUACAAGUCAACACGUCACCAAUCAUCGCUCUGAUACAUCGUCAACAACCUUCAACACCAUCAACUCAUCAACACAACAACAGGAACACGCAACAGUCUUCUCAUCAAACCACGAUCAACCAUUUCCUGGAUUAUCAAGUGCUUUUAAUACCGAGAUGAUCGAAUUAUCAUAGUCAAAUAAUCGGUUCAUAUACAAUGAUCGUCAAUCGAACUUUUACUUUCCUUCUCUUUGCGUAUUCUUCUCAUUUGCUGUCUAUCGGUUUCAAUUAUAUUGAUCACCAGCAAUAAUUGUGUACGAGCGUAUAUUUCGUUUGGUGUUUUUCUCCUCUUCAUUUCAUUUUUUUUCUUUCUUUCAUGAUGUUUGUUGUUCAUUUCUACAUUUGUUUCAAUCUGGCAUUAUUAUUUUUUCUCAUCUAUCUAAUCGAACACAUAAUAGUUCAUACAAUGUUAUACGUUGUCUCUCAUCUUCUAAUUCACUAGCUAUCAAAGUAGUUGUCAUUUGUUUUUUUCAAAUCGUUACUCUAUUAUCUUCUUAAUCACUAUCAUUGUCUUUGCUCGUGCCGAUGCACUCGUAUCGCGGCGGAUGGGUGUGUGACGGAUUCUACCCGUCACUACUCUUCAUGACCCCGAUCGGGCACAUCUGUCAUGUUCUAAUGUUCUAUUCAUUAAUCAUUCUCUCUCGUUUUUCUCUCUGCUGGAAUAUAUAUACUGCGUUCAUAUAUUAUCGUUAUUCAUUAUUGAAAUAAUCUCAGAACGAGUGAGUCGUUCCAUCACAACCAUCUUUGAGACAAUAACAAAAUUGUUGUUUCUCUUUAGUUUUACGAAUUCGAGAACCAUAUUCAUAACCAAACCAAAUAAUAGUAUUCAGUCAAAUACAACGUAAAAUAUUAUAAUGCGUAUCAAGCUAAGUUCAAGCGUCCAUCUUUAUGGUUUUCUUCAAACAUAGAAGAAUUCAAUUCGUCAGAAAUCAGUUCACAGAAAAUUCAAUAGUGAGCUAUU